UAUUGAUAUUAAGUUAUCAAUCUUUCCUGUGAAUUGACAAUGGAUUUGCCACUCGGAAAAUGGAGAGUCAAUAUCUCAAAGCCAUCUAAAGGAAACAAGCAAGCAGUUGUUAGAUCGAUAUUAUCACCAACACAGAUAGGUUCGAAGACCGAGGUGCCUUGCUUGGAAUCCACGUUGCCGAAUGCUUCUCCUUGCUGAAGUAAUUAACCUCUCAACUCUCAAGCCAGCGUGCGAGGAAAAUACAGAAAAAUAUCAGGGUCUCGCUUGCUGAGAUGUGGGCUCUCCCGGUGGAGCUUGGAGGGUCCAAAUGGAGGAUAUGACGGACGUUGGGUGACAGAGCGCCGGUGACAAUGCCACAGGCUGUGCCAGCGCAGUGCUCGGAAGAAUGGUUUACGCAGCCAACCUGUCCCCCAUGGAGGCAGGGGGCGCCAACGCCACCCUGGGUGUCCUCAGUACGGGGCUUCUGAACCUCUCAGACCAGAACCCUGGGGCCAGUCACGACAUGGCCAAAGCUUUAGCGGAAAACAGCUCCCUGAGCAUCGGGGCGGCCGCAGAGACGGUGACCCCGACCCCCGGCCUCCAGGACGGCACCGAGGGCCUCAGCCUGCCUCUCCAGGUGUUCUUCCUCAUCGUCAUCAUCGUGAUCCUGCUGGUGGCCCUUCUGGGAAACGCGGUGGUGUGUCUCAUGGUGUACCAGCGGUCGGCCAUGCGCUCUGCCAUCAACAUCCUGCUGGCCAGCCUGGCCUUCGGGGACAUGAUGCUGGCGGUCCUCAACAUGCCCUUCGCCCUGGUCACCGUGGUGACCACGCGCUGGAUCUUCGGGGACGCGUUUUGCAGGGUGUCGGCCAUGUUCUUCUGGCUCUUCGUCACGGAGGGCGUGGCCAUCCUGCUCAUCAUAAGCAUCGAUCGGUUCCUCAUCAUCGUUCAGAAGCAGGACAAGCUGAGCCCCUACCGCGCCAAAGUACUGAUCGUGGUCUCCUGGGGCCUGGCGCUCUGCUUCUCCUUCCCGCUGGCCGUGGGGCAGCCCCGUCUGCAGGUCCCUUCCCGUGCCCCGCAGUGCGUGUUCGGCCACUCCGCCGAGGCCGGCUACCAGGCCUACGUGGUCCUCAUGACGCUGGUGGUCUUCUUCGUCCCCUUCACGGUCAUGCUCUACACCUUCAUGGGCAUCCUAAACACCGUGCGCCACAACGCCAUCCGGAUUCACAGCCACCCGGACAGCAUCUGCCUCAGCCAGGCCAGCAAGCUGGGCCUCAUGAGUCUGCAGAGGCCCUUCCAGAUGAACAUAGACAUGAGCUUCAAGACGCGUGCCUUCACCACCAUCCUCAUCCUCUUCUCCGUCUUCACCGUCUGCUGGGCGCCCUUCGCCACCUACAGCUUGGUCUCCACCUUCAGCGCCAGCUUCUACCAGGGGGCCGGCUUCUUCGAGAUCAGCACCUGGCUCCUCUGGCUGUGCUACCUCAAGUCCGCCCUCAACCCGCUCAUCUACUACUGGAGGAUAAAGAAGUUCCGGGACGCCUGCCUCGACCUGAUGCCCAAGUACUUCAAGUUCCUGCCCCAGCUGCCGGGUCACACGAAACGACGCAUUCGGCCCAGCGCCAUCUACGUGUGCGGGGAGCACCGAUCUGUGGUCUGAACCCCUUACUGUAAGAGACACUACUGAUACUGCAUUUCAUUUCCCUCCAGU